CAUGAGAGGCAGCUUCAGGAGUCGAAGAGCUACAGUGGCGCGAGCGUCCGAGAGCCAGUCCCGUCACUGUACCUGCCGCGCGCAGCGAUGAGAGCCGCGCGGGUCGCCCUGCGCAGCGCCGCCCCUCUGGCGGCGGGCGGGGUUAGCAGCCGCGUGCCACGCGAGGUGGAGCGCUUCUCCCGCUACUCGCCCUCCCCGCUCUCCAUCAAACAGUUCCUGGACUUCGGUUCAAGUAAUGGAUGUGAAAGAACCUCUUUUGCAUUUCUGAGGCAAGAACUUCCUGUGAGGCUAGCAAAUAUCCUGAGAGAAAUUGACCUGCUUCCUGAUCAGUUACUGAGCACUCCAUCAGUACAGCUGGUAAAAAGCUGGUACGUUCAGAGUCUAAUGGAGCUAGUUGAGUUCCAUCAAAAAAACCCAGAGGACCACAGGGUUUUAUCUGACUUUAUAGAUACACUUGUUAUAGUCCGAAAUAGACACCAUGAUGUUGUUCCUAUAAUGGCGCAAGGAGUAAUUGAAUACCAAGACACCUUUGGAGUGGACCUAGUCAACAAUCAAAAUAUUCAAUACUUCUUGGAUCGAUUUUACAUGAAUCGUAUAUCCAUCCGGAUGCUAAUAAACCAACACACGCUUCUUUUUGAUGACAGUACCAACUCAGGUCACCAACAGCACAUUGGGAGCAUUGAUCCAUGCUGUGAUGUGGUGGGAGUGGUGAAUGAUGCUUUUGAAAGUUCCCGGAGACUCUGUGACCAGUAUUACUUAGCUUCUCCAGAGUUAAGUCUUCUUCAACUGAAUGGAAGAGCGCCAGGACAACCCAUUCACAUUGUUUAUGUUCCUUCCCAUCUCUUCCAUAUACUGUUUGAGCUCUUCAAGAAUGCCAUGAGGGCAACAGUUGAACAUCAGGAGAACAAUUCUUCCCUUUCUCCAGUUAAAGUGACUGUCGUUCUAGGAAAUGAAGACCUGACUAUUAAGAUAUCUGACACAGGAGGUGGUGUUCCAUUGAGGAAAAUCAAUCUCCUGUUUAGCUACAUGUAUUCCACAGCACCGAGACCAGUGAUGGAUGACUCUCGUAAUGCUCCUUUGGCUGGUUUUGGGUAUGGCUUGCCAAUUUCUCGUCUAUAUGCUAAAUACUUUCAAGGAGACUUGAAUCUAUAUUCUGUACCAGGCUAUGGAACAGAUGCUGUUAUCUACCUGAAGGCUCUUUCAACAGAAUCAAUAGAAAAGCUCCCUGUGUUCAACAAGUCUGCCUUUAAGCGUUAUCAAAUGGCUACAGAGGCAGAUGAUUGGUGUAUCCCAAGUAAACCAAAAAACUUGGUGAGGCAAAGUGCAGCUGUGUGAAAGAAAUGUCGAGUUUGAAGAGACAGUUUGAUUCCCUUCUGUCAGGACUAAUGUUUGAGGGCAUUACUCUACAGUUCCUUCCAACAGGUCCUGGAAUAGGACUGUCAGUCCCUUGGAAUAAGGGAAGGAAAGAUCAUGCUGCAGAUCUGGAGGUUAUAGUCUAGACCAGGGCUGGCGUUAUGGGUGGGCAACAUGGGCACCUGCCCUGGGCGCCGUGGUCAUUGGGGCGCCAUCAGUGCUUAAUUUGUUCCAGAGCUUUCUUCCACUGAGCUCCAGCACCUCUCAACUGGGCAGUUCAUAGCCCCAGCACCUCUGGCCUGCUGGUCAGCAGCUGCUGCUCUCCAGCCACCCAGCUCUGAAGGCAGCGCUGCCAGCAGCAACACAGAAGUAAGGGUGGCAA